UUCCCCCCGCCGGUUUGGCCUGUUGCGGGUGGGGAAUCGAGGGGGGGUGUAAUCUUGCGAGAAAAGCGAGAAGAUGAAGUCCCGGCGGGUUUGAGGGUGGUGGUGGUGGGGUCGUCUCCGCCACGCCCGUUGAGCCUCGGAAAAGAACGGCAGGACUCGCCGCUUCACUCCGAUGGGGAAUACUUAGGAAGUUAUAAUGGGAACAGAGGAGGAUGAGGAUGGAAUGACAUUUUCUAAUCUACAUGGCAUUUCUUAUGAAAGAGAAGAUGGCGAUGAGAGUUCUGUGGAUAUUUAUGAUGGCUUAGACAACACUCCAGUUGUUUCUAGCAAUUGUGCUUCAAAAGUGCCAAUCGAAAGUAAUUUAAACCUAUUUGAUGAAAUCCUGAUUGAAGAAGAAACAGCCAAGGAAGCCACUUUCAAUGAAUUGCAGGCUGAACAUGAGAAAUGUAAGCAACAACUUCAAGAGUUGACGAAGAAGCUUCAGGAAAUCCAAGAAAAGAACUCUCUUCUACAAAGUGAAAAUCUGUCCCUUAAAAAAAAUAUUUCAGCACUUAUCAAAACAGCCAGAGUGGAAAUUAACCGCAAGGAUGAAGAAAUCAGUAAUCUGCAGCGAAGGUUAACAGAAGCUCCAGUUCAUCACAAUCCCUACAGUAAAAUAUAUACAAGGAAUAUUGAAGGAUCAAAACAAAAAAAUAAAUCCAGUGAUUUCUUCCCAGAUAAUAAUUCAAAAACAGAUCCUAAAAAUAAACAGGACACUCCUAGAGAUGUAUCUCAUAACAGUCCAUCUUGGGAUACAGGAAAUAAGAAAGUUCAUUUGGAAAAAAAAGAUACUUCUUAUAUAUCUCAAUCUCAUCCUGAGCAGUUUCACAAAGAUGGCGUUCCAACAAAGCUGUCAAAACUUGAUAGCUCCUGUGAUAAAGAAAAGGAGAAAAGAGAGAUAAAAAAUAACGAACAUAGUAAGGAUAAUGAUUGCAGACACAAAACAAAAACACAGAGAAAUGUUGGAAGUGUUGUGGAUUGCAAAUUGGAUACUCCUGGAAAGUCACAAGUUAACCCAGAAAAACUAGUCAGAAAUGAAGAGUGGAAUGAUAGAAAGGAUUUAAAGAUCAAAAGCAGUUGGUGUACAGGAAUCAAAACUGAUAAUAUCUCUUCUACUAAGGAAAAACAAUCAGUUCCUAAGAAUAAAUUAACGCUUAAAACUGAACACAUUAAUGAAGAUAGGCUUGAAAAAUUACAAAUCAUAAACCAGAAGGACUUAAAAAAAGAGAACAAAGAGGAAAGCAGUAGUAGACAAAAAAACAGACAACCUGAUAAAUAUGUAGAACAACAAAGAGCUGGUAAAACUAAUACCCCUGAAAAUAAUACACUUGUCAGAAAUCUUAAAGAAUUCAGUAAAGCUUAUCUAGAAGACAAGAGAAAACAUAAUGAUUGUAGGAAAACUAAAGGAAUAGAUGAUCCUGGGCUCCAAGGUGGGAAAUCAUCACUGCCACACAGUUCUAAUAGAGAGCGAAAACUUAGUAACUCAAACAAAGAUACCAGGAAAUGUGAACCUGAAUGCACCCAUUUCAAAUCAGACAAAUAUCGAACGGAAGCAAAAAGGAAAAGUGGAAGAGACAAACAUAGAGAAAGCAGAAAUUCUCAAACUGAAAGACGAAGUUCAAAAGAAACUCCCCCAAAGACAGUAAAGGAACACAUUAAACUAAAAGACAAUGCAAAGCGAGAGAAAAAGAAACCUUUUCCACCAAAAGAAAUUGCCAUGUUAGUUGAGGCUGCAGAUGAGCCUGUGCCCAUUAAGGUGGAAAGGCACGAAGAGCAAUCAAAAAGCAAAGACUUAAAAUUGAGCUUCAUGCAGAAGCUAAAUUUAACUCUCUCUCCCGCUAAGAAACAAACAGACAAAUCCAAAAUAGUAGCACAGGCUACUAACGAAGGUGAGAUGGAAUUUCCAAGUCAGGAAAUAAUGUUAGUCCCAAAAGAACCAAUUAAUACCACUAGCGAGGCAGAAAUGCCAUUGGGACCAUGCCAUAAUGGUCCCCUUCAAACUAAAUCAGAAAAAACUAUAUCUGUUUCUGAGAUUAAAGCAAAUAUGCAGAACAAGACUCCAGUAGAAAUUUUGGAUAGUAAGCCAUGUAAAGCAUUUCCACAAAAUGCGACACUACAGCAUGAAAUUGUUGGUAAUGAGAAAUUCCUUCCACUGACUGAGACUGAGAUGCAAGAUUCUGAGGAAGUGUAUGUGACACCUAGCCCCGCAAAUCCCAUGGAUCCAGAGAUACUGUUAAAUCAUUCUUUCCAUGACCUGGAGACUGGGAGUUCUGUAGAUUCUGAUACAUUUAGAGUAAUAGAUGAAGUUAAUGGGACUGAUUCAGACUCCUCCAUGGCAAAAGAAGAAUCCAGUAAUUGUGCAGAUAAAAAUAUCGUGGAGUACUCUGAAAAUGAAAGUCUACCUCUUCCCAAGACUAGUACAGAAGAUGAUAAAAUACUGUGUGUAAAUAGUUCAAUAACUGACCCCAAAGCUGCAGAUUUGAAUCCAAGCUCUCCCAAGCAUGGAAGCCAAAUGGAAUCAUUAUGCAAUAAAGGAUUAAAUGCUGUGUCUCAGACAGACUCAAAUCCAAUUUCAGUUGAUGAUGAUAACUCAAUACUGAGCAUUGAUCUAAAUCACAUGAGGUACAUUCCAAUAGCAAUCAGCCCUCUUAACAGUCCAAUACGACCCUUGGGUAAAAUCUUCAGAAUGGAAACCUCUUUCAAAGUGACAAAUUAUAACACAGAUUUUGCACCAGAUAGUGCAGUGGAUUAUCUGGGGAUCAACCAUUCAAGUGAACUCAACAAAGAAAAUCAAAAGCCACUUUGCAGUGAUCACAAAAUUUUAGAAGAGUCUCAGCUAAACAUAUCUCCAGAUGAAUUAGAAGAAGGAGAAAUUGUAAGUGAUGCUGAUAAUGAACCCCAAAUAGAAAAAAAAUCUGAAAAUAGUAAAAAGUUGAAAAGAAAAAUGUCUCCUGAGAGGUCUAAUACAUCCAAGAACACAUACAAUUACAAAGUCAAAUCUCUAUCUCCCAAUGAAGGUCCUGGAAAAUUGGCUUCUGGGAAAAAAAGUAAAGAAAAGCCUAAAGAUGGAACAAUAUUCUCAAAGGAAAUGAAGAAAAAUAAAAUUUUGAGCAUUGACUGUCUUGAAAAAAUUGUUCAAAUUACUGCUGAGCCUUCUACUUUACAUGAGUUUAUGCAGAUGCUGAAAGCUGUAAGAAAACAAGUACGAAAAAACUAUAUGAAAUUUAAGAUACAGUUUCCAAUACAGCAGUUUCAUAAAAUGAUAGAUUCAUCAGUUCUGAAUUUUACAUCUUUAAUAAAAUAUAUUGACUUCUCUAAAAUGUGCAAAUCAAACGAGGCCAUAAAGGUAAAUCUCUGUGAAGUUAUUGAAUCUGAACUUAAUCAGAUUAAAAAAAAUACUGAAAUAGAAUAUCUAUUUGAGAAACAACAAUCAGAUAUGAAGAAAAAAUUAUGGAAGCUUGUGGAUGAACAACUUGAUUAUCUAUUUGAUAAAAUAAAAGAAAUCCUUCUAAAGUUGUGCAAUUUAAUAAGUUUAGGAACUGAGAAUGAUGAUGGUAAACGUAAAAGAAAGAAAGGAAGCUCAAAAUGCCUUGACAAUAAAUUUGUUAGACAGAAAUCAAAGAAACCAAACUUAAGUGCUAAAGUGAAACGGUCUGAAAAUCAUGUCCUUCCAAAACCAGUAGUAGGUCGUCAACUGUCUAAGACAGAUCACCAGGAAAUAAAUAAAUUAGCUCGCCACAAAAAUACAGUUACAAAUUAUAAACAGUCCCAUACAGAUAGCACAAGACCAUAUCUCCCUGAAGUUGCACAUUUUAAGCAGAAUUCCACAGAGGAUACUGCUUUGAAAACUGGAAAAUAUGAAAAGGAGGGAUUGGAUAUGAUUGGAGAUCCUCACAAAUCUGAUAUUAGCUGUGGACCUCUCACAGAACAACAAAUGUCUGGGCUAACAUUCAAUUUAGUUAAUGAUGCUCAAAUGGGUGAAAUGUUCAAAAGUUUAUUACAGGGCUCUGGUCUUUCAGAGAAGAACAUUGAUUUCAUUGAUGAGAAUCAGUGGGAAUUCAGAACACCAGAAAAGCAAAUGCCAGAAGGUCAGAACGGUAGAAAUAAUCCUGAAUAUGAGACUGAAGAAACGUCAAGGGAUAUCCAGGUAGAAUCGACAGUACUUGAUGGUAUUAAAUGGCCUAUAGUUUCACCUGAAAGAGAUUCAACAUUUUUAGCUAGAUUACAAAUGCCCAUUGAUCCAAAUAUUCUCGAUGAAAACUGUAUGUUUGAAAUUCCGACUAGUCCUACCUUGAAGAAAGGGGAGGUAUAUGUUUUGGAAAAACAAAAAUCUCUGGUUUCUUCUAUUCUUUUGGAAGACCUAGCAGUAUCAUUGACUAUUCCCUCUCCUUUGAAGUCAGAUGCUCAUCUUAGUUUCUUGAAACCUGAUGUAUUGGGAUCAGUUCCUGAAGAUGUUCUAAAUGCACACUUCAGUGAAGAUGCUCAUCUAGAAGAGGAGGAUGCUUCUGAGCAAGACAUCCACUUGGCUUUGGAAUCUGAUAAUUCAAGCAGUAAAUCAAGCUGUUCCUCAUGGGCAAAUAUCCCUGUUACUCCUGGAUUUCAGUAUUGUCCAAGCCUUCCAAUGCAAGCAGUAAUAAUGGAAAAAUCAAAUGAUCACUUCAUUGUUAAAAUAAGGCGUGCUACACCAUCUAUGUCACCCACUGAUCAAACAGCCAUACCAGAUGAACCAUUAAUCUCUAUUAUUGACAAAGGGAAAAAUGAAAUUAUAUAUGAAGAAAAUUUUGCUACUUUAACUUCCCAAAGUAUCCCUUCAGGAGAGAGAGAAAUAUCUAAAGAAAUUAUAAAUACUACUGACUCUGGAAAAAAAAUGGAUAACCAUAUUAUGAAAAAGCAGAUUUCUCACUCAUUGGAGCCUUUGAAAGAGACGUCUGUCUGUCUAGCGAUUGAUUCAGUUCCUGGUCUUUUUGAACCUCAACAAGACCUCCACCCUGAUACUCCUGGUGAUGUUAUUAAUACCAUAGAGUCCCUGCUUCAUAAAAACAGACAAGAGCAAUCUUGUGACAUCAGUCUUGAAGUUCAGAGGCCAUUUUGUAAUACAAGCCAAACUCAAAACCCUCAUUUAGUUGUUUCAAAUCGAGCAUCGCCUAAUGAUGCUGCCUCAGAAAAGCCGCCUGACUUGCAAGACUCUCCUGAAGAACUAAGGAUAUCUAAAGUGCCUUUGGAAGAAUCCUCAAAUAAAAUAAAUCAAAAUGCAGGUGCAUCUGAAGUUUUUAAGCUUCCUCAGACAAUCCCCAUGAAAGCGUUCCAAGAAAAAGAUGUACCUUCUGCAAAAAUAAAAGAUUUCCCAAUAAGGUCAAUAGUAAAUCCCCCUGUGGAACAGCUACCAUCUCAAAAUCAUUUUGAUACACAUAUUGACUUGACUGAUGUGAUUCCUAUGGAAAAUAAACUGAAUUCAACAGAUCCCAUAGAACAGUCUGGUUUAAAUUAUAGAGUGAGAAGUAUAUGUAAAGAUCAAGAGAAACCUAAAGCAGAUAGUCACUGUGAAGUAGCUGAUAUAUCAAAGACUGAAGUUGAAGAAAAUGUAAAUUGGCCAGACAUGUCUACAGGAGAUAGCAGUUUUGAAAAAAAUACUACCUUUAAUAUUGAUGGUCAAAAAUGUCCAAUUAAACUUAGCAAAGAAAGCAAAAAAAGGAAAAAGGAAACAGAAGAAGCCUCUAGUGCAAAAAAGCAACGAAAGGAAAAUAAUGAAUUGGAUUUUAAAAAAACAGGCAAAAAUAGCAAAAACACUAAAGAGAGAACUUCUGUAGCUUCAAGUUUAUCUAAUACAAAGCCAGCAUCAACUAGAGACAAAGAUCUAUUAUCCUCAACAUCAUCUAUGUCACCAUCAAAUCUUUGUGCCAAAAAUAUCAUUAAGAAGAAAGGCGAAGUUGUUAUUUCUUGGACAAGAAAUGAUGAUAGGGUGAUCCUUUUGGAAUGUCAGAAAAAUGGACCUUCAGAAAAAACUUACACUUUUGUUGCUGAGCAGUUAAAGAAAACUCCAGCUCAGGUUGAAGAAAGAUUCAAGCAGUUAGUGAAGCUAUUCAAGAUGUCAACUGGCAGUUAAUAGCUACUACAAAUGAAGGAAUCUAUGCACAUCUUUGCCCUGUGUGCAUGUGAGAAAAGAGUGCUUGCUUUCCAAGUCCAAAUAGCAAUUUGUUCCAUAUCUUUUUUACUCAUAAUUUAAAUGUUUCAUUUAUUCUCAUAGAUCUAAUGGGAAGACCCUGUUUUUUAUUCCGUUAGUAACUGGUACUUGUUAAAUGCAGCAAACGAAUUGUAAAACUCUACUGCACAUUUUGGAAUACAGAGGAAAAAUAUAGUAGUAUGAGCAGCUAUAAAUUUUCUAUGACUUCUACCCACUGCAGGUGCCAAAGAUCAUUUGCAAAAUAUAGUACAUAGAACAAGGUAUUUUAUUGCUUCUUCUUCCUCUGUGUUGUACUCAGAACCCUUAUUUUCAUUAAAACUUUGGGUUAACACAAGACCAGUUCUUAACACAUGAGUCAUUGUUCUGAGUUGAACAAUCUGACUAUAGUUUGUUGAUCAGAAAUAAAAGGAGUGCGUUAGCACAAAAUAAGUCUCCAAUAAUUAUGAGAAAACUUAAGGAGCAUUGAGCAUAUACUUUUCUUUUUUCCCUCUUUCAUUAAGUGCGAAUAUGAAUUUUAAAGUUUGGUAUAUUUUCCAAAUCCUCAUAUAUGGUUUGCUAGUUAGAAUUUGUGAGGAAAUAGUGUAUAUUGUUUAUUUUACAAAUAAAACACCAAUAUUAAGAGUUUCCUCUGCUAAAAGUGCUGUAUUAUUUUACAGACUAAUAUAUCAUUGUUUUUCAUAUCAAACUUUCACUUUUAAAGCAGAUUUGCCACAAGUUAACAAAAUAUUAUUUCUCGUUUAAAUUAUAUCUAUCUGCAAAAAUACUAAGUAUUUUUAAUGGAGUGUGCAAUUUGCAAUUUAAUUCCAUACUUUAAUUAAGAGCUUAAUUAAGAUUCAAAUUCAUGAUAAUCCAGUUAAAUUGAUCCUUGUUCCUGUCCUGAUAAGACCUUAUUUUGAAGGGCAAAGAUUUUAUUUCAGCGUGGAAAUAUAUAAGAGGCAGCACCCACAUAAUACCUCAUUUUUUCAAAAAAUUGUCAAUAUUAAAAUUUGUCAAUUAAAACUAAUUAUAUGCCAUACUGGCUUGGGAGAGGGAGAGAGGAGAAGUAUAAAGAUGUGCAUGUGUGUAAAUUGUAAGUUUUAUAUGUUACUUUCCUGUAAAUAAUAGACUGUACAGAAUUCUAUAUUGUGUAAAAUAUUGUGUUCAAAUACAAUUUACCUGUAAAUUUUUGAUUAAACAGAACAAAUUUUAUUUUGUAUAU